AUGGACUUUUUGAGGGCCAAGGAAGGUCGGCUGGUGAGCCAAGGCGAGGUGAACAUUGUAACAAUUUUUAACAUGUUGCACAACAUAUUGUUGUCAAGAGAUCUUGCUGGUUUGGAAGAAGAGGGCAUAGAGAGUGGUAUCAAAUCUCUUGUAACAACAGCCAUGGAAGUGUCUGCUGCUCAAAAUGUAUCAGAUUUCUAUCCAUUUUUAGGCAAACUAGAUCUUCAAGGUCUUCACAAAAAGACGUUAAAGUUUCUCAUCAAAAUUCGAUGCACGCACCCCGGGAGCCCCUUAUCGAAGAGAAAAGAAGUAGAGAUACAUCAAAGCAGCAAGAUUUCUAGCACCACCUGCUCAAGAACGGAAUUGUUUCAGGCGGUCACAGACACCAGUACCUCUACAAUUCAAUGGAAAAUGGCUGAGCUUGUAAAAAAUCCAGAAAAGAUGAAGCAAGUUCAUGAAGAGCUCCAAAGAGAAAUCAAGCAUAAUUUUCUGAGAGAAUCACAUCCAAUGCAGCAGCUACCUUAUCUUGAGGCCUGUGUUAAAGAAGCUCUGCAUUUGCAUCCUCCUGCACCAUUGCUACUUCCUCACCAUGCUCAUCAAACAUGCCAAUUAACGCAUCGUACAAUACCUAAAAAUGCUCAAGUAUCAAUUAAUGUUUGGGCUAUUGGAUGA